AUGACGGUGACAAUCGACUUCGACGCCCCUACCGACCAGGUCAAGUCCCCCGCAAUCCUCGCUCACGUCGUCCUACGAACCGCGAAGUUCAAAGAAAUGGUCGACUUCUACAAAACAUUCCUCGGCGCGUCCGCCGCCUACGAGAACGACUUCCUCUCUUUCCUCACCUAUGACGAGGAGCACCACCGCAUUGCACUUCUCGCCGUCCCAGGAACCGGCCCCAAGGUCCCUACGAGCUCAGGCCUAGAGCACAUUGCUUUCGCUUACGAGAAGUUGGAGGACCUAGCUCUGGCAUAUCGUCAGCGCAAAGCCAAGGGCAUUCUGCCCGCAUGGAGUGUGAACCACGGUCCUACGACGUCGAUAUACUACAAAGAUCCCGAUGGAAACAUGAUUGAGACGCAGGUAGACAAUUUCGACGUCCCAGACGAUGCCACGAAGUUCAUGAUGUCGAAGGAAUUUGAGGAGAAUCCGUUUGGAACGGACUUUGAGCCAGAAGACCUCAUUAGGAGGCUUAGGGCGGGCGAGGAUGAGAAGUCGAUUAAGAAGAGGAUUGAGAGCGGCCCAAGGGGGAUUCCAGAUCUCUGA